GGAAGUGUGGCUGUCUCAAAGAGCGAAGGUUGGUUGCUGAACAUUUCUUUACUUACUUUAUACCCCUGCAUAUUCUCUUAGUGGACAUAAAAACAUCUUCUAAUUGAUGUGGCAGCACAGACCCAGCCUCCACCUCAGCACUGAAACCAGCCACUGUCCUGUCCAGCAAUGCCUCUGUUUCGGCCCUCGGGUGGUGGACGUGGGAGUGAGGCGAGGGUCAGGCCCAGGCGGAAGAGGAGGAUGAAUCUGGAGUGGAUGGGGAGCUGCGGGAAGACGGAUGAAGACGGCUCUGUGCUUUCGUUGACACGGCUGUGUCUGCUGAGCCUGGCUGACAACAUGAAGGAGGUGUGGGUGAAAGACUAUGCCGACAACUACCUGGAUCAUUAUUUCUUCAGAUACAUCAUGGGGCCUUUCAACGUACUGCCGGGUGACCUGGUCGAGGAGCUGACUUGCCUGCUGUGCACCAGGGAGCAGCUGUCCCGGGCGGCCCUCCACCUCCUGCUGGUCCCCCAACUCCGUGGCCUGUCUCUAGAAAGGUGUCCUGGUCUGGUCACAUCCGCCCUCUGUACCCACAUUGCUGCACGUUGUCAGGGUCUUUGGAGUCUGGACCUAUCUGGAGCGCAGCAGCUGCCUUCAAAGGUCCUGUGUGAAACCCUCUGCUGUCUACCUGCCCUGCGCUCACUCUCCGUUGCUGGUACACCUUGUGACAAAUUUGUAAUUACGACGAUUGCCCACCGCUGCCGUUUGCUGCGUCAUCUGGACGUAUCCCGCUGUCAUUUCCUCUCCCCGGCUGCGCUACUUCCUCUUGGAGGUGGGGAUUCCUUUUCAUCCUCUGGCUGUCCUUCUGUUUCAUCCUUUCAAUGCACCUCUACAUCCCAAUCUUUUAUUUCCCCUUCUUCCUCUGCGCCCUUGUCUCCUCCCCCCCUCAGCAGUCUGCUGGCUCUGGAUAUUGGGUUUGGGGAACGAGAGGGAGACCCAGUGGCGGCAGCAGUCUACCUCCUUCUCUCCCUGCCCUGCCUGGAGAGAGUGGCCAUGGAGGGUGUUGGAGACGCCUGCUGUCUCAUCCAGCACAGAGAGUUCGACCAGACAAAUGAGUUCACUGACAGAGAAGGAGUUCCCAGGCUGGGGGUGGUGUGGGAGGAGUGGAGGCACAGGCAGGGCGUGGACGGUUGGACGAAAAAGCGAGAAGGAGCAGGAGCAGACGAGGAUAAAGAGGAGGAGGAGGAGGAGCAGAGGAUAUUGUGGGAAGGGUAUGGUAGUGAGAGUGAGGAAGAUGCAAGUAGAGUCGAAUGUCCAAGUUGCUCUCAGAAGCAAACAGAGGACAAAAGGAGAGGAAGAGUUUUGUCUCAGUCAGGUGAUAAACGCCUGAGCCUGCGCCUAAAAGACGUCAAGGGCUUAUCCUGCGACUCUCUGGACAGUUUAAGUCAUUUAUGUCCAAACAUUGACUCCGUAUCUGUGAACCUCGAUGAUUAUGAAGAUGUUAGAGGAAGAAGCCAGGGGUCUCUGUUAGCCGCAGGCCUCCAGACGUGGUCAGGCCAGCUGCGGAGCCUCUCCGUACACUACUCAGGCACUUUGGUGGAUCUCCUUCCUGCAUUGCAAGUUGCAGGCUCCUCCUUGCUCUCUCUCACCCUGGAGGGAGUGACAACCAGCCCUCGUACCCCUCUACUGGAGGUCAUCGAGGCCUGUCCCAGACUGAGAGACCUGCUCAUCUCUGCCGAGCCCCCCACCACACCACAGGAAGAAGAUGACCAGGAGAAUCAGCGGGACGAUCGGGAUCUUCCACGGCUGCCUAACCUCUGCUCCCUCACACUCAAAUUCUCCUACGAGCACAGCCAAAUGAAGCCUGUCAUGUCCUGGAUGUCCCUGAAGAGGGUGCUCAAGUGUCUCCUGUCUGGUUCUCCUUUACUGGAGAAGCUCUCGCUGGUCUCUCUGCCGUGCCCUCUGAACUGCGUUUUACAGGAUGUACUGCGCACAGUGGACUUGGACCUGCAUCUCUUUGCAGAUUCCACAGACUUACCUCCCAAGCCACUUGGGCGAUUGCGACACAUGGACUUGCCGCGGACAGACUUGAAGAUGAUAACACUGAAAAGUAUAAUCCAACAGAGCAGGAGGCUCAAGAGUGUUGAUGCAAGUUACUGCUGGCAAAUCAGUCAGCUUGAGUGGUUGGACUGCGAGAAGUGGAGUAAAGUCCAAGUUGUCUGGAUGUAGUGAAGAGAUUCCAAUACAGGAGCGACACACUUCCAAUACGGCAUCAAUAAUGCUUUACAUGAUUCAAAUAAAAAUACACUUUUUUUACACUUUUUACAGUGUCAAUUGCAUUAGUUUCUCAUCUUGCAUGAUUACAACUCUAUAAGUUUUGUUAUUUUUAUAACUAAAAUCCUACACACAAUGAUUUUAAAGACUGGUUUUGCACUGACUGAUUGAAGUAUGUUUUAAAUACUCUCAUGUCAAAACACGUGGGACUUUUUCUUGUAGUGCCUUGAAUGAAUUGAAAACUGUAUCUUCUGUAUUGUGUUUUAAAUAAAUCGUUUGACUAUGA